GAAAAGAACGGAAGGGAAUGCUUAGAUGGUUUGAACGAACAACUGGAGGCAUAUUCGCUUCCUUCACCCAGAAAUGGUGGCUGCACAGAGAGAGAGAGAGCCUUCUCUUUCUCCUCUUCCCAAGCAACCCUCCAAAAACUCAGUUUUCACACCCUUUUCCUCUCUCUCUCCUCUUCCCAAGCAACCCUCCAAAAACUCAGUUUUCACACCCUUUUCUAACUUCUUUCAACAUUUUCUCUCUCUCUCUCUCUCUCUCUCUCUCUCUCUCUCUCUCUAAUAGCAAUACCCAUCGUCUCCUCUCUCUCAACACACCUGUAUAUAUUACAAUUAGAGUAUAAUUUGGAUAGAGAGAGAGGGAGAGAGAGAGGAUGGUUGACUGGGGGGACUCAUCUGGAGCGCGGCAGCAAAACACAUCAGCAACAGCAGAAGCAUCUUCUCUGUCUUUGCCGUCGUCAAUAUUCAACAAUUACCCUAUCAUUUCCGCUCUUAUGGCCUUCGCUAUUGCUCAAUCUAUCAAGCUCUUCACCUCCUGGUAUAAGGAAAGAAGAUGGGAUCUCAAGCGACUUGUUGGAUCUGGUGGAAUGCCAUCUUCCCAUUCUGCAACUGUUACUGCUCUUGCUGCAGCUGUUGGUCUCCAAGAUGGUUUCGGAGGAUCAAUGUUUGCAAUUGCAUUGAUCUUAGCAUGUGUUGUGAUGUAUGAUGCAUUCAGUGUAAGGUUACAAGCUGGACGCCAAGCAGAGGUCUUGAAUCAAAUCGUAUACCAACUUCCUGACGAACAUCCUCUGGCUGAGAGCAGACCACUACGCGAACUUCUGGGGCAUACCCCUCCCCAGGUAAUUGCUGGUGGGUUGCUGGGACUUGUUACAACAGCAAUUGCCCACUUGAUUGUUGCAUCUGGUAGUCAAUCUUGAUGCACAGGUUAACGUCCAAAGAUGCUCUGAACCCAGGAACUCCACCUGUAAAAUUGUUUGCAAUUCCAAAUACCAAAUACCAAAUACCAAAAUGGCAUUGUAUAUGAUUUACUUAAUUGGCAUAUUCUUGUACUAAAA